ACGAUCAAUCAUCAGGUCUCCUCUAAAAAUACUUUCAGGACACGAAGAAAUUCACAUUUCACAAUGCCUGCUGAUUAUACUGGCUGCUGGAAAAUGAUCUCCAAUGACAACUUUGAGGAGUAUCUCAAAGCUCUCGAUAUUAAUGUUGCUAUCAGGAAAAUUGCUGUUUUGUUAAAACCUGACAAAGAUAUCACCCAGAAUGGAGAUCACUUUGUCAUCAAGACUGUCAGCACAUUCAAGAACUAUGACAUGGACUUUGUGAUUGGUCAGGAGUUUGAGGAAGACCUGGGUGCAGUUGAUGGCAGGAAAUGUAUGACUACCAUCACCUGGGAUGGAGACAAGCUUGUGUGUGUGCAGAAAGGAGAGAUUGAGGGCAGGGGCUGGACCCACUGGAUUGAAGGAGAUGAACUUCAUUUGGAGCUGAGAGCAGCUGGAGUUGUGUCCAAGCAGGUUUUCAAGAAGACUUAAGCUUACGUUGUUUAGUUAAGCCUCCUAGUGGAAAAGACAGAAACAACCAUAGACUGAGCUGUGCAUCCAUUCAUCCUCUCAUGCAUCAGUCUUUCCGUUUGCACUUGCAUUUUUCAUAUAUGCAUCUGCUUGAUGUGCCUUUCUAGAGUCCUCACAAAGUUUAU